CACGGGGUGCGUGUUCUCCAAAUACACGAUUCACGAAGCUUUGUUGUAUUUUACUCAUAAGUAACUUUGAUUGAGUGGGUUACUGAUUGUUACAAAUUGUCUGGUUUUGUUAACAAAAGUAACGAACAAAAUAGGAGAACUUUCCGAGUUCUAAGGUACCUGUAUUUGGUCACGUGCAGUGCACGCAAGGCAAAGAAAAACAGCGAUGAAAAUCAUGAAGCGACCAAAUAUUCUACUGACAGGCACCCCUGGCGUAGGGAAGACCACCCUGGGAAAAGAGCUUGCCCAGAGGACAGGACUAACCUAUGUCAAUGUAGGCGACCUGGCACAAGAAGGGCAGCUGUUUGAUGGAUUUGAUGAAGAGUACCAGUGCCCAGUGUUGGAUGAAGACCGGGUGGUGGAUGAGCUGGAGGAUAAGAUGGGGGACGGAGGGGUGAUAGUGGACUACCACGGCUGUGACUUCUUCCCAGAGCGCUGGUUUCAGAUUGUCUUCGUGCUCCGCACAGACAACACCAACCUCUACAGCCGGCUGGAGGGCAGGGGCUACACAGGGAAGAAAUUGCAGGACAAUGUCCAGUGUGAGAUCUUCCAGACCAUCUAUGAGGAGGCCAUGGAGGCCUACAAGGAGGAGAUUGUCCACCAGUUGCCCAGCAACGAGCCUGAGGACCUGGAGCGCAACCUGGAGCAGGUAGUCCAGUGGAUAGAGCAGUGGGUGAAGGACAACAACUAGCAUGGACACAAACCCUAGAAACCAAAACAGUGCAUGGCUGGAAUCUUCUUCAUACUAGAAAAAACAUACCAAUGGACUCUUUGUUUGUUGAAAAAAAAAAAAAAA